GUAAACUAACCACACUGGCGACUACACGGAAAAGGUCUGCUCCCGGUGUAUACCUGGAAAUACGAAGUGUUGUGAAUAUAAACGUGUUUGUCAUUUGUUGCUUUUCAAACGAAUUCUGGAUGGUGUGUAAAAGGAACCAGCGCGCCCGCAGCCACAGUCCGAGCACUAGCCAGGCCAUCGACUCACAAUGAGCCAGUGCUCUGUUCUCUCGUCCUCAAACCUCAUCCUCGUAUACCUCAUCCUCCUGGCCCUCGUGAUGGUGUUGGAGGUCCAGUACACACUUGACGCGAAGCUGCCCCUGGACAUCCUCCCCCGCGGCAACCGAAACCGACGUCGGAUGUUGAAGUCUGUCGAGCGGGAAACCAAGACCCGAACACAAGUCGGACCGACAAAUUUCGGGGCCGGAGUGACUGUCGGUCCGGAAGCGGUUUCUCAGAAUGACAGCGAGUUUAAUAGGGAGUUCAUAGACUAUUCGCCCCGCGUGAAUUACUACGACGUCCUGGGUAGCACCGAAGUUCCGCGAGUGGGUAUUUCACGAAAGAGUGACUUCGGGGCGUCGUCCUCAGGUAGCCAGGGAGAUCCACCCUUGAGAGAAGCAAGCCCAAUGCCACCCUCUAAGCCCCAGAAGAACAUUAAAGUGUCACCGGAAGCAAAUGCCUUCGACGACCUGGUUGACCUGCUGACGGCUUCGAAGACCCACUGCCUCGUAGACGAAGCCAAAGGGCGCCGCGGCAAGCACUCGUACCGCUGCUCCGUUCAGACGCAACGUGACUGUCGACAGAGACUCCUCAAAGGCAAGCAGUAUUCGAGGAAGUGCAACAGCGGUAAGAGAGACAGACGAAAAUACAAGCCAAGUUACGAAGUGAAUCCCUUAUCAUACAAGUGGGAUGGAAAUACAGCUUUCACUUCCAACACCAUACGAGGGUCAUGGGAUGAGGGAGAAGCAGGAGGAGCGGUGAAGUACAGUAUAACGGUGGAUGCAGAUUACACUUUCAUGGAGGAGAUUAAGAAACUCAAGUUCUCGCCCCUGAUCACAUUUGACACCAAAUUCGACCUUGCCGGACUUAAUUCUUUGCACAAGUACGAAGUCGUGUGGAAACUCCUGCAGGUGUUCCGCUGGCUCCUCCCUCGAAACGGCUACCUGCUGGUGAGGUCGUCGGCCGAUAGAUACGACCUCCUUCAGUACCUGCAGCAGGAAGGUCUACAGGAACCCUUGCACAUCCUGACCCUGUGGAAGCUGCAAGAAAGAGUGAAAGUGCGUAAUAAAUGAUCUCUGUGAUUCCCUAUGAAUUAUUAUGACGGAAUGCGUAACACUACGUUUUUUUUAGUGAUGGGGAUGUUGUUAACGUUGAUGAUGUUUUUGUGAAUGUUUAUAAGAAGAUAAAGGGAAAAAAAGUUAAGUGUUAGAUGGGUCUGUGCAGUAAUGACGAUGUUACCAAAGAUAUAGAGAGUUUUCAUGGAUUUUGAUCA